ACACACUCGUUCAACAUCACUCAGACAUCUAUCUACUCAAGUCACCACCCACAUCGCACUCGACCCAUCGACAGGCUUGGUGAUUUGGGUGCUCCCCUCUCGGAGCUCCCAGUUUCACCAAGUUCCCUUCAUGUCUCGCCUUGAUCAUUGCCGAUUAUUGGAUGGGGAUGGGUCGACAACAAGGGUCAGACGGGGCACAAAGGGCUUGAAGCUUUCUUAACUGGGUCAUAAGUGGUUUGGCUCCUUGAACGUCUCCAAUGAUGAGCAGUCAUGCAUAAUCCAUCUGCCGAGGAGACAUUAAACGUGGGUCUGGAUAUCGACACAGACAAAGCUCUCUUUCCCGAUAUCGAGUCUAACCCCGGCCAUGGGGAACAAGAACUCGAGAGGGCGCCUCGACGUCAACGGCGCCGCCACUCCAUCAUAUUUGGCUGGUUACCCAGACUUAACAUCGACUUCUUUUCCCGGAAUCCGAGGCAUCGUGUCUCUUAUUUAUCCCCUUCAAUACGUCCUCUUUUGCUCCGCUCAGCAUUCUUCCUUCUCCCGAGCUUUCUUCAGUCUC